AGAACAGUUCAUUGUUCUCGACUGUGUAGUGCCUCUGACGUUUCAUCUUACUGAGAUCAAACGUUAAUCGAUCAUUAUCCUACGUGUGGGUUGUGGUCGCCGCUGAACAUAAAAUAUCAUCUAUAUUAGAGCCAGAAAGGCUACGCUAGCGUAUAUCCUUAAAAAUGACUCACAAACAGCGUAAUGUGGCUAUGAUGGGAUAUCGUUCCGUAGGAAAAUCAUCUCUUAGCAUACAGUUUGUCGAGGGACAGUUUGUGGAUUCUUAUGAUCCCACUAUCGAAAAUACUUUUACGAAAAAAACCCGUAUACAUCAGACUGAUUAUGAAAUUCGAUUAGUCGACACAGCCGGACAGGACGAGUAUAGCAUUUUCCCCGCCCAGUAUAGCAUGGAUUUCCAUGGCUACGUUUUGGUCUACUCGAUAACUAGCCAACGAUCAUUCGAAGUGAUAAAAAUCAUCUACGACAAGUUACUCGAUGUGAUGGGGAAGGCCUAUGUUCCGGUUGUUCUGGUUGGAAACAAAACAGAUCUCCACCAGGAGCGUGCUGUUCCAACCGAAGAAGGACGCAAGCUGGCCGAACAGUGGAAGGCACAAUUCCUGGAAACUUCUGCUAAACAAAACGAAUCCGUGAACAAUGUAUUUUCAUUGCUAGUCGCGCAAAUAGAACGGGAUAACGGAAAUACGAGCGAAAAGUCGAGUUGUUCAAUUUCGUGAGCUAUUCAACGGUACGCGGUUUAUGCAAGCACUCAACGCAGCACUAUUACGAUCGUGCUGAAAAAAAAUCAUUUUUCCUAUUGCUAUUGUUCGGUAAAAUGUUGCAAAUCGUAGUUACACAAUCGGGCAAGGAUAUUUUUUGUCAAACUUUGAUCAUUUGAUUGCAAAGUAGAUUUUGGCCUUAAUUAUGCGUUAUAUUAUUUACCUCAAAACACACAACAUUAAAUUAUACCACAAUCCAACUCUGAGCAUCAACAUGCGCCUAGAGUUUUUAGGUCCGCUAGAUGAAUUAGGGCUCAUCAGUAAAAUUGCAACAGUAAGCAUGAGAGUAAGAAUUAGAAUCCUUUCGACAUUUUCUGUAAGAGCAUGUAAUUAUGUAAUGAAUUCCCUAACUAAUGAUUUAACAGAAUAGUUUAUACACGCGAACAACAUGCAGAACUCGACCGUCUAUCAAAUGGCAAUAGGAUAUAAAUCGUAAAAAAAAUAAAACACGUUCUUGAAGUACGAAUAUUAAGGAAAAAUUUAGCCAAAUUUAUUUCAACUAUAAAACACGAAUGCAUCAUCACUUAUAUCCUUACAGUAAUGCAAUCCUAACACUCAAACAAGAGCAAUGUGAAACUUAAUGUCGCAAAAGGAAACAUGAAAUAGUAUGACAAUGAUUAGCAGGAUUUUCUAACUUUCAUGAAUGUUUUUUUGAUGUGUUUUAGUUCUGUUAUUCUCGUUUGUUAUGCUAAGUACAGCGAUUAUUAUUGGGCCGUUAGGCUUUAUUACCCUGGAUUGUUUUUUUACAUUAUAAUGAGAGUGAUACAAGUGGCAGAGAAAGAUAUUUCAGUGCACUUUGAAGAAAUCCAGAAACGGUAGUCUUAUACAUAUAUUUUACUUCAAAUAUAUACACACUAGAUAUACGUAUACACACUUCGGGGAUAAGAACCUUUAAGACAUGAUGCAAUUCAUCUUGCAUAAAGUUCAGAUGCAUUGAUUUGUACUGCGGAUACGAAUAAAAUCCUCAGACAUUGUUGUACAGAAGUUGGAUAAACACAUUCUAGUAACACCUACUCUCAGACCAUGCUUCACAUGGAA